AUGUUUCUGGAAGCACAGGAGAUGAUGGGUCAAGGCUUUCCGAGCUCAAGUGCCGAUGUCCAGAGCUGGGUGGUGCAAGAGGAUGGGCUCUUCCGUGCUGCGUUUGGUGCCCAUGUGACGGAGCCGUGGAAUCGGGAGCGUUUGUAUCUCCAGCUCGAGCGAUCUGUCCUUGCCAAGCCGGGGCCAACCUUGGAUGAGCGCGCACAAGAACUGCGCUCGGAUGAAGAUCGCGAGAUGCUGGGCUCGGGUCUUUGCGCACCCCGGCUUGCCCCUCUGGAGGACCGGCAGAAGGUUGGGCCUGCGCUUCCGAUCGCAAGUGAAGUCGAAAAGGCGGCAUCUGGUGGCCAGUCAUCUCUACGAGCUGCGCCUGGACGUAAGCCGAAUCUCGCUGUUCCAAGCUCCACUGGCAUCCAGAGACCUGGACAUCGCCUCAGAAAGCUUUGCUUGCGUGUGGAAAUCUCAGCGUUGAAGUUGCGACCGUGCGACUCAGUCAAGGCACGAAGGGCCAGUUCCCUUGAUGCCUUGGACAGCCGCGAGACGCGGGUUGCAGGUGAACUGCAGGAACUCUUCCACCGAUACCAGAAAGAGAUGGAGAGCCACAUCGUGGCGCAGCUUGACAGUCGUUUGGACAUGCUCGUGGAGCGCGGGAAGGCAUUGCGCACCGCCCUGUUCGAGGCCGAAGGGCUCCCCAGCGAUGCGCAGGCCACGCAGGCCGCCCAGGCCGUGCUGGCCGCGAGAGAAGCCUACCGAAGCAACCUCCAGGAAAGGAGGAAAGUGCGGGCCAGGCAUGCAGAUCAAAGAAACGCUUUUCGAGCAAGUCUGCAAGAAUCUCUACGGCAAAUGGCGGGAACUGCGACAAGUGCGACAGGCUGGGCAGUGUCGCCGUCGUUAAAUGGCAAUUCUGAUUGA